CGAUAGUAUUUCAACAUGUGAUUUUUUUUAUGUCCGUUACCUAUGUUGAAUAAGAUACUAUCAUUGAAAUUAAAUAUUUCUCGUAAUUGCAGCACUAAUGUACAUGAUAGAAAAUGAUAAUCUAAUUCGAAAAUUUUGAUUUAGAAGUCUUCAAAAUACUGGAAUUGAUCUAAUGAAUUGUAUGGAAGCUAUUGAAGAUAUAACACAAGUAUUACAAAUGAUCAGAAAUUCAUCUGAUGUUGAAGAUGAAUAUUUAUUUGAAGAAGCAUUAGAUUUAGCUGAACAUACAAAUACAACAAUUCAAAAUCCGCAAACAAUACAGCGACAGGUAACAUUUGAAAUGUCGAUGUUGUGA